UCCAAGCAGCACUUUCUCUGGGCAAUCAGAGGAGGAAACAUGCAAGACGUUCAUGACUCCAAACUUGCCGACUCCUUCAUCAGAAUGACGCUGGAGAACGCUCACCUCUGGAAGUCCUUUCACUGCAUGGGAACAGAGAUGAUUAUCACAAAACACGGAAGGAGGAUGUUUCCACAAUGCAGCCUCAGUAUCACAGGCCUUCAGCCUUCUACCAAGUACAUCAUCAUGAUGGACAUGAUUCCUGCAGACGGCUUCAAAUACAAGUGGAAAAGGGAGCAGUGGGAGGUGGCAGGGAAGGCGGAGCCUCAGCCGCCAUGUCGCUCUUACAUGCACCCCGACUCCCCCGCACUCGGGAGUCACUGGAUGAAGCAGUCGUUGUCCUUUCUGAAGACGAAGCUCACCAACAACACCUUGGACCAGCACGGCCACAUCAUCCUUGCCUCCAUGCAUCGCUACUACCCCAGGUUCUACGUCAUCCAGACUGACAGUCCAUACUUGGUCCGCUGGGCCCCCUUCCUGCCCUUCUGCUUCCCAGAGAUGACCUUCACCGCAGUCACCGCCUACCAGAACCCAAAGAUCACAAAGUUGAAGAUUGAGCACAAUCCGUUCGCUAAAGCAUUCCGAGAGGGAGGAACACAUUCACAAGGGAAAAGGUGUCGUUCUUCGAAGAAAAUGUCCCCAGACAGGAAUAUUCUAUGCAACGUUCCUUCAGGCCCGCAGACGACGCCUUCUUCCGGUCAGCCAGACGAGAAGCAGGUUGUGGUCCGAGAACAGACCAGGAGGGAGGGUCCGCAUCCCAGCUGGUCUCGGGACCCCUCCCAGAGUCCCCAUGGAGAAGCUGCGGAUCUGCAGGAGUACGACUACAGCUGUGACGAGCAGAUGGUGCCUGCAUCUGUGACCUAUCAGCCCUACAGGUCGGAUUUAAGCAGAUAUGCACUCCCCUUCAACGACGCGGAGACAUCAUCUCACUCGCUCGCCAUGGCUGAACAGGGCGCUCCCCAACAUGGCUACCACCAUCACCACGGCAACACGACCGACUGGAGCCAGUACCCGCUCUUCUCCUACUCCUGCUGGUGAAGUCAGACAGUGGAGAUGUACAGAUAUGUAUAAAUGUGUACAGUAUAAGCUUUCCUUUUCUACCAGGCGUGAUAUUGUAUUCCCAAACUUUUUAUUUCUUACAUCUUAUAUUUAGCCUUUUUUUUUUGCUUUGCAAUAUAUUGUUUUUUACAGUAUACUGGGCCUUUUUUCCAGUCAGCUUGGAAAUAUAAACCCGGAGAACAAUAUGGUGUCAUAUUAAGUUUCAUUGAUUUUGUGUCAGUUAUUGCCUAAAAUAGAAUAAAGUAUUACAUUAGCAUUGAAAACACAAAUAGUAUCUACAGUAUCGUGAGGACCCGAGAGACAUGACAUGUUUUUUUCUACUGAA